GAAAAUGAAAAAGAAAUAAUGAGUCUGAUAAAAACAGGCAACUCUCCAUUUAUCGUGAGCUAUCGACAUUUUCAUAACGACGGGAAUUUUGCGUAUCUAAUUGUUGAUCUUUGUGAGGAAACCUUGACGGAUCUUGUUGAUUCUGAGACCAUUGAGCAGCUAAAAGAGCAUGGUCCACGAAUGAUGCAAGAAAUUCUUUCCGGACUUGAAUUUCUUCAUGGUAAAGGAAUAUUGCACAGAGAUCUAAAACCAUCAAACAUCCUGGUUUGUAUCGAAGGUCACAUGAAAUUGGCAGACUUUGGAUUAAGUCGAAUUCUAAAGGAAAACGAAACGGCAGUUGAAACAGAUGCUAAAGGUACCGAAGGAUGGAUGUCGCCUGAAGUAAUAAAAGCGGGAGAGGAAAAAGAAAAAGGUCUCUUCAAAAAGAAAUCGGAUGUGCAUGUGGCGGGUAUGAUUGCUUUCUUCAUUCUAACUAAAGGUGAACACCCUUUCGGCUUGAAGAUAGAUCGAAUGAAAAAUAUUUUGAAAGGAAACUCUGUCAAUUUGAAGAGGCUUGGUGAUCGUAAAGCACGGAAGUUUGUAUCAUGGCUGAUUAGUCACAAGAUUGAUGAUAGACCUUACGCUCACGAAGCGCUGAGGGAUAGUUUUGUUAGUAGAGACUGAUAUAAUUCGGAUACAGAUUAACAAAAGCAGUGUUGAAUUAUUGCAUAAAUAUUUCUUAUUUCGAGUAAUACCUGUUGAGCAACGUAUAUGCAAGGCACAUGCAAUAUUUCAUAUGUCAGCGCGGUUGCUGAAAUAAGUGCUCUGCACGCGUAUUUCUUAAAAAAGAACCUUUUACAUCUAAUUUGGAGAUAUAUCAUUCUGGAAUCUAUUAUAUAAAGAGUUCGUUCUUAAUAUUGUUAGAAGAUU